UUCAGGCCGGAUAACGCCGUAGUUGGAGAUGUAUUGGUCCUAACAAAACCCCUUGGUACACAAGUUGCCGUCAACGCGCAUCAGUGGCUCGACCAGCCCGACCGUUGGAACAGAAUCAAGCUCGUAGUGAGCGAGGAGGAUGUACGGAAAGGCUAUCAACGUGCAAUGGACAGUAUGGCUAGGUUGAACAGAACAGCUGCUAGACUGAUGCAUAAGUACAACGCGCAUGGAGCCACAGACGUCACCGGUUUCGGUCUUCUGGGACACGCUCAGAAUCUGGCGAAGCAUCAAAAGAACGAAGUUUCCUUUGUUAUUCACAAUCUCCCUGUUAUCUCUAAGAUGGCUGCGGUAGCGAAGGCAUGCGGAAACAUGUUCCAGUUAUUACAGGGUCACUCAGCCGAGACUAGCGGCGGUCUGCUCAUUUGCCUUCCUCGAGAACAGGUUAAUAAGUUGCUCGUCAAAUCGUAUUACACUAUAAAUCAAAUUUAUUUUCAGACAUAG